GGUCACGUGACGCCGGGGGUAUAUUGCAGGCAGGAGGACAACAGCGCGAGCAGAGCCGAGCUGAACGUCCGAGCUGCGUCCGGUCCAGCUCCAAGCUUCGACUUGUUGCCGCUUACGCCGUUCGGUCCAUAAGGCCAUUACUUUCCAACUUCAGCUACAGUGUUAGCUAAGUUUGGAAAGGACAAACGGGGAGAAACGCCGCGACUGCAUCUAUCUCAUUGUUCACUAUUAGCCGGGAGUCGACCUCCUUUGCUUUAACAGAGGAGACAGCGUCAAGACAGAAACCUGCGCUCAUUUGGCUGUUUGCGCCACCUGGACCCCUCUAACAUGGAUAACUGUGCACCUAAAAAGACAUGCGCUGAGUCUCUGCGGGACUUCUUCACUUCAGCUAAGUUUCUUAUUUACAUGGGCCACGCUCUGUCGACAUGGGGCGACAGAAUGUGGAACUUUGCCGUGGCCGUCUUCCUGGUGGAACUGUACGGGAACAGCCUGCUGCUGACGGCCGUCUACGGGCUGGUGGUGGCCGGCUCCGUGCUGCUGCUGGGGGCCAUCAUUGGGGACUGGGUGGACAAAAACCCCAGACUCAAAGUGGCCCAGACUUCGCUGCUUGCCCAGAACAGUUGCGUCAUCCUGUGUGGGAUCCUCCUCAUGCUUGUUUUCCAGUUCAAAGAGCAGCUUGUGGAGCUCUACAAUGGAUGGAUUCUGACCACUUGCUACAUUUUGGUCAUCAGCAUCGCCAACAUUGCCAACCUGGCCAGCACAGCGAUGGCCAUUACCAUCCAGAGGGACUGGGUUGUGGUGGUGGCAGGUCAAGACAGCAGCAAGCUGGCAGACAUGAACGCCACAGUGCGGAUCAUUGAUCAGCUGACCAACAUCCUGGCUCCCAUGUUGGUGGGUCAGAUCAUGGCCUUUGGUUCCCACUUCGUUGGCUGUGGCUUCAUCUCUGGCUGGAACCUGUGCUCUAUGUGUGUGGAGUACGCUCUGCUGUAUAAGGUCUACCAGAAGACGCCAGCGCUGGCGAUGAAAGGGGGGCAGAAGGAGCAGCAGCAGGAACUCAAACAGCUGAGUUUGCCGACAGAUGUGGAAAACAGCCAGAGUCCCGAGGAGUGUUCUCAGCCACUGAUGAAUGAAACCUCGGCUGUUGCUAAGCCCGACUCUUCUGAGGAGCAGGGCUGUUGUUACCAGGUGACUGAGCCUCUGCGCACCCUCAAGGCCGGCUGGGUGGCCUACUACAACCAGAACAUCUUCUUCGCCGGCAUGUCCCUGGCGUUCCUCUACAUGACUGUGCUGGGCUUCGACUGCAUCACCACGGGCUAUGCUUACACACAGGGCCUCAACGGAUCAGUGCUCAGCCUGCUAAUGGGGGCCUCGGCCAUAUCGGGUAUCUGUGGCACCGUAGCCUUCACCUGGGUUCGCAAGAAGUGCGGCCUCAUCCGCACCGGCUUCAUCUCGGGUGUGGCUCAGCUGUCCUGCCUAAUGCUGUGCGUGAUCUCCGUCUUCGCUCCUGGCAGCCCCUUCGAUCUCAGCGUCUCACCCUUCAAAGACCUUUACACCCACCUGAUUGGAGAGAAGAGCCUGCCAGAGGUUGACCAAAGCCUAGCCACCAUCCUGGGUGGGAACAGCACUACUCCUGCUCCUGCUGAAGAGAUGCCACCGCUGCAGUCCUACAUGUCUGUCGCUUUGCUGUUUUCUGGCGUCAUUGCUGCAAGAGUUGGCCUGUGGUCUUUUGACCUGACAGUGACGCAGCUCAUCCAGGAGAAUGUGAUCGAGUCCGAGCGUGGCGUGAUCAACGGCGUCCAGAACUCCAUGAAUUACCUCCUAGACCUGCUGCACUUCAUCAUGGUGAUUCUGGCCCCGAACCCCGAAGCCUUCGGCCUGCUUGUCAUCAUCUCUGUGUCCUUUGUGGCCAUGGGUCACAUGAUGUACUUCCGAUUUGCCUUCAAAAGUCUGAGAAGCCGCCUCUUUCUCUGCUGCUCGCCGGAACAGAAGGUGGAGACAGUAGACAGCCUAUCGCUGCCUACCACUGUCUAAGCUAUGGAGACUCUGUCCUGGGUACAUAUCCGUCAAGCCUUACCUGACCCUGCAUCUUCUUUAACUAAUACCACUGCAGAAUGCUAGUAUUCACACCCAGCCAUUAACAUAACGUGAAUUAUCAGCAGAAGGAGGUGAGUAUAGAGCUUAGUUAGAGAAAAUCUAGUAGUAGCAGUAAUAGUAGUUGUAGUAGUAGUGAAGCUUUAGAAAAAGUUAGUGGGUAGCUCAAGUUAGAUAAAGAAUUUCUACAGCAUGUACAGUAAGAACUCAGCCGAGCUCUGCAGCCUUUAACACAUACAUGCACUGUCACACAAGGGUCCAUCACCGCUGGGCUUAACCCCAUUUUGGGUGUUGUUAGAAAUCAGUGGAUCAGGCUGUACUGUACCAGUACAACCAUACUACAGCAUGGGUCCUGCUGUACAAGGAUUCAAAGGUGCUUCUGCUAACAAAGUCAAAAUGAGGGAGCAGGAUGCAGGGAGGCAGGCACCGAGGCCUGGGUUUAGUGGGAUGGGCGACCCUCGGCCAGGCCAGCGGUGCUGCGGCUGUGCCUGCCAGUCUAGUCUCAGACGCAUCAACUCACAUCAGCACGUGUGACGAGCAGCCCGUGGAUGUGACCAAAUGCAAGCUAGGAUGUAGUGUCGUGUAAUAGGUGGCUAUGGGAUUAAGCAUAUUUAUUCAGGAAACGCAGUUUAAUGGGUUUUUAUGAUAUCAGUAUUGUAUGCGCUUCUGAUUGUGCCAUAAGAGAUAAAUCCUAUGCACCUUUCUCAAUAGUUCUCUCCGUUACCAAAGUCAAAGUCCAUAUGCAGCAUAGAAGGAAGCGAGGGAAAGCCAUUAUCCAACUCAGACAUGUCCCACACAUUAACACUCAGCUGUUUGUUGGGGACAGCAGGUUUCAGUUCACUCAUGCAAUUAGAUACAAUUAGACUACAUACUUCUAACUCCACUGACACUGUGCUUAGCUGUCUUUUUCUGAUAGAUGGAACCAGUUUCUUUGUGAUUUUUUUGUUUCACUUCUUUAGAGUGAUUUUUGUUGUUACACAGGCACUUUAAGUGAUUGACAUCUGUCAUUACAUCCAAUGCAAGUUCAGAGUUCAGACACUUCAUCAGGACUUUUGCACAAGGCUGAGGAGCUGACCCUCCCCCACCUGUAUGUACACCCCCACCCAGAGAAAGGCCCAGGUCUGUUCACACAGUGGUUUUUAGGGCACAUACUUUAAAUGCUUAGCACAACGUUUUCAGAAAGUCUUCUCCGCUCCUUAGUCUGCCAGGGAGCUGAGUCAGCAACACUUAUCUCCCAGUUGCUGCUUCCGGCUGAGCUGCCAACAAACCCUGGACUUGCCUCUGUCUGGGCUUCUGCGCUUUUACUCUGAGCUUCAACCGUUUACUCCUGUUGUGUGUCCUUCGUGUGCUGACAUAUUAUUUAGCUUUGCAGCGCUAAUAUGUUUCAUGGUGUUCUUCCUGUGAGGUGAUUUAACAGAUUAAACUUUAUAAUGACCUUAAAAUCACAGAUGCUGAGAAGUUAGCUUUAUUCUAAAGAUCUCAAACUACUGUUUGUAUCUUAAACUAAUGUAGCUUUAGUUAGUAGCUGUCUACAUUAAAAUAUCUGACACUUUAAUGUAAUGUAGCUUUGUUGAACAUACACAUGGCCACGUCCAGACAGUUAGCAGCUGCAGCCCACCAAUGGAAACUCAUCCAGUGUAGUCUGGGGAAAUAUUUAGGUUGGAAACAGGUAUCCACACCAGACACUGGAGAACAGAAGCCUAAUUCUUGUCCAUUCCGCUAAAACUUGGGUGGGAGUCAGAACAUCUGCAGGUGUGGUGUCCCACAAGGAGCAGACUCUCUGGAACUGGACCUUCGUUCUCAUGACCCGUGCAGGUUUAUGGAAAACCUCAAAUUAGCUUUUUGAACGGUCUGAUGAUUCAGGAAUAUGCCAUGUGGCCAUUAACUGUGUUUUCAAUGUAAAUAACAUUAGUAGGCAGUUUAAACUUACAUGAAUAUACAAUUGGAAAAUGUACCAGUAAUUGUUGUGUAUCAAGGUGUUUGUCUUUUUUACGUUUUUGUAAACCUAGUCCUUGACAUUGUGUCUUUUUUUCACACGUUUGAAAUUGUGUGUAGAAUCAUUUGUGUUCUGGUAUAAUCACACUCCACUGGGUAAGAGAAUGAUGCUAUGCUUGUACUGCAUACAGUUCAUUCAAUAAAGGAAACUUUACAAUCA